AUGGGUUGCAUCAGCUCCAAGAAGGCCCGGCCCGAACAAGACUCGCCCGAAGAUGACCGUUAUUCAGUUUCCUCCUCAUCCUCCACGAGGGCGACCCUGAAUAACGGGCUUGCCCGGUCUGGUCCACCUUCAUUGUUGCACGUCCGGGCCGCGUUCGGGCCUUUGGAGAAGAUAAAGGAGGAGCCCGAGAAGGAGGAAGAAAUGGAUGAUGAUGAAGAGGAGGAGGAGGAGGAGGAGGAGGAGAUGGAAGAUGAGCCUGUUAAGGAAGGGUCAACCUUUUCGGGGCAUUCCAGGAAUUUACGGGCCGUAAAUAGAAGGCCGUCUCAUAAGAAGGCCGUUUUUAGCUUGAGAUUCGGGAGGUUGGGCGAGGGAGAACAUGUUGCGGCUGGCUGGCCCGCUUGGCUCUCCGCUGUGGCUGGGGAAGCUAUUCAUGGCUGGCUGCCUAUGAGAUUGGACAAGUUCAAAAGAUUAGACAAGAUUGGAAAAGGCACAUAUAGCGACGUAUACCGCGCGCGCGAUGUUGAAACUGGUAAAAUUGUUGCUCUGAAGAAGGUGCGGUUCGAUAACUUUGAACUGGGGAGCGUGAAAUUUAUGGCUCGUGAGAUCCUAAUCCUGCGCAAGCUUGACCACCCUAAUAUCAUGAAGCUUGAGGGCAUAAUCACUUCCCGAGUAUCAUGCUACAUUUACCUCGUUUUCGAAUACAUGGAACACGACCUUGCCGGCCUGUUAUCUUGUCCAGAGAUCAAAUUUACUGAAUCACAAAUCAAGUGCUAUAUGAGACAGCUAUUGAGCGGGAUAGAACACUGCCACAAACGAGGAAUAUUGCAUCGGGAUAUUAAAACGUCAAACAUCUUGAUUAAUAACGAAGGGAUUCUGAAAAUAGGUGAUUUUGGUCUUGCAAAUUUCAUGAGACCAAAGAACAAGCAGCCAUUGACGAGCCGUGUAGUCACUUUGUGGUACCGUCCUCCUGAGCUCCUUUUGGGAUCGACUGAUUAUGGAGAAGCUGUCGAUUUAUGGAGUGUGGGUUGUGUUUUUUGUGAGAUUUUCCUUGGAAAGCCUCUAUUUAAAGGCAGAACUGAGGUUGAACAAUUGCAUAAAAUCUUCAAACUUUGUGGGUCUCCACCUAGUGACUACUGGAAAGAGUCGAAACUUCCUCUGGCUAACAUGUUCAAGCCCCAGCUUCCUUAUGAGAGUAGACUCAGAGAAAGAUGUAGAGAGUUUCCAAAAAGUGCGGUUAGCUUAAUCGAAACAUUUCUGUCGAUCGAGCCUUAUAAACGUGGCACCGCUUCCUCUGCUCUUGAUUCCAAGUACUUCCGCAUGUUGCCUUACGCGUGUGAUCCAGCAAGCUUACCAAAGUACCCACCCAAUAAAGAGAUGGAUGCCAAAUCCCGUGAUGAAGCAAAAAGGAUGAAGGGUGGUGGGUCAGUUGGAGCAAGGAUGUCCCGUAAGAAUGUGCAAGAAUCGGUGGGACAGCGCAACUACAGCAGCAGCAGCGCCAACGUACAGAGGAGGAAGCAGGCGCACGAUACCCUGUCGGAGAUUUCGCGGAUGACUGAUGAGUCGGGUGGGUCCCGCCAGUCGAGCACCCGCUCGGUUCCCAUCCAGCCAUCGGCCACCUUCGUUCGACCUAAGAAGCACAGGCCAGUGGGAGCUCAGAGGAGGCACGCCCAAGACUCCGACAUACUGCACGUCAACGAUGACUCCUUUGCUCACCAAAUUAACAUGGAUAAUGGAAACACGAAGAAAGGCAGAGUUGUAUUAUCAGCGCUGUUGAUGUCUGAAGAAGAAAUAUCUUCAAGGCAACAUAACAACCGAUCUCGUCAACUGCAUCGUAAAUCCAGAUUCUAUGAAGAUUUGUGA